UCAUUUUAUUUUUAGAUACUUAAUAAUAAAUCCACAAUAUUAUUCACACGGCAAUUAAAUUAAUACUCUAAAUAAAGUUUUAAAUUGACAAAAAAUAAUUAAAAUAACACCUUAAUAUUUACGUAAAUGGUGUCCUUAAACCCAAUUAAGCGUAUUAUGAUUGGUAAAAUAAUUUUACAAACUUAAUAUAAAUAAUAAAAUUAUUUUUUAGUGACAAGUGUUUCAAUAAUGAAGAUUUAAUAAAUUUAAGUUGUCAAAAAUAUUUAAAAGUGACAGUGCGCGUACUUAAAAUCGUUUUUAUAAAAACAAAUACCGAUAAUUAGGCUCCUCCUCGUCGUAACUGUCAUUAAUAGUGUUUUCUUCUUUUAAAUUUGUUUAUUAUUAAAUAAAAUCUCUUCACAACGACGACUAAAAAUAUUAUAUCAAGAACAAUAACAAAAACAACUAUCACAACAAUAAUAACAAUGAAAUAAUAAUAAUAAUUAUUAUAAAUAAAUAAAUAAAAGCAUAUUUAACAAUAAGUUGGGAAAAAUCCUUGACAAGUCCGUCCUGCUGCCGCUGCCACGGUAAAGCUCAGCUAGAUUUUACCUUCGGUCGUCGCGCGGUCGUUAUAUCGAUUGCUUUAGAAAUAGACGCGUGCGAAACACCUGCUCGUGACUCGCACACCGUUGGCCAAGCCACUACGACGACAGGUGUACUACCUUGCUGCUACCACCUUCGGCUGUUACCAUCACAGACAGCUUAUAUAUUAAUAAUAAUAUUGUAAAGACUAUUUUUUAUGUGAAUAAUUUAUUUUAUUGGACUUUUUGGUUAACUGAAGAAAGUUUGAUAAGAAAUAUUGAAGAACAAUUCAAAGAUUGAAGAAGAAAUAAAAAUAUUUUAAGUAUUUUAAAAUAAAAAAUAAUUUAAAAAAAAAGCUGACGACGACGAGGAGGAGUGCGAUAAAAAAUAUCGCGUGCGCGUUUUUAGUUUAUUAUUUUUUUGUUGGGUGGGGAGAUUAUUGGUGCGAAUACAGUUCUGGAGGCGCCUGUCGUCUUCGUUGCCGGUACAACCAUAACGCCGCCCGCCCUAAAACGCCCGAGACGGGAAACGGUGGACUCAUCCCCGCCACCCGCUCCUCGUAUCACCGUCGCAACCGCUGGUUCAACCUGCGGUGGUAAUCCUGCUGGAUCAUCUAACGACUUAUCCUGCAUCAUGGACGCCCCACUGUCACAGAGCAUGGACUCAGUCAACACUGUGGCGUGCUCAAAUGGCGAGGAUGAGGUUCGUACCUUGUUUGUGAGCGGUUUGCCGAUGGACGCCAAACCAAGAGAACUUUACCUUCUCUUUAGAGCAUAUGAGGGUUAUGAAAACUCUCUGCUUAAAGUUACAAGCAAAAAUGGUAAAACAGCAUCGCCGGUGGGUUUUGUAACAUUUCACACUAGGGCAGGUGCGGAAGCAGCUAAACAAGACCUACAGCAGGGGGUUAAAUUUGAUCCUGAUAUGCCACAAACCAUACGUUUGGAAUUUGCAAAAAGUAACACAAAGGUUAGCAAACCCAAGCAACCAGCCGCUGCAGCAGCCACCUCGCACCCCGCUCUGAUGCACCCUCUAACCGGACACAUAGGAAAUCCAUUUUUCCCAAGCGGACCAGAAUUAUGGCAUCAUCCAUUAGCGUACUCAGCUGCGGGUGAACUUCAAGGAACACUUCAACAUGCAACACUUGUUCAUCCAGCAUUACAUCCGCAGGUCCCUGCUCCGAUGUCUUUACCCCACCCAACGACAUUGACGUCAAUACACGCAUCUUUACCACACUUUUUACCAUCACCAGCUCUAGCUUCUCCAGUUGGCUCAUCAUCAUCUCAACCGAGUAUAGCUGUUAGUAAUGCUCCAUGCUCAACUCUCUUUGUUGCAAAUCUUGGACAAUUCGUUUCUGAGCACGAAUUAACCGAGAUCUUUAAUAGUUUUUCUGGUUUCUGUCGGCUUCGUAUGCACACAAAGGGCGGCUCACCUGUGGCCUUUGUCGAAUUUCAAGACGUUCGCUAUGCAGCUCAAGCGAUGGGCGCCCUCCAAGGAUCCUUACUCCUCUCCUCUGACCGGGGACCGAUACGAAUUGAAUAUGCCAAGUCAAAAAUGGCCGAGGUGGGCUUUACAAACCUCUGGAUCGAAGGAUCCAAGGGAGAAAAAAAUGGGCAACCUUAAAAUUGACAUUAAUGGAAUGUGAAGAAUAAAGAGAUUUUUUGGAGCUGAGUAAGGCCACUGAAGAAAUGUUGCUUUUUUAUAAAAUCUGCAAGCAGUUGGAGGUAAAGGUAAAAUCUAAAUUGGUGUCUCGUAAAUCAAAGUCGAUUGAAUUCUGUUACUACAGCGCUUAUAGGAAAUUUACAAUUUUUUAACUCUUGUUACGAGAUGUGUGCUAUACGUCUAAAGCUUGGGUGAUAAUUCUUCUUUUUUUAAUUAAUUAAUUGUUUAUUAUCUGCUUAACUGAAACGAUCAAUAAUUAAUUUUAUGCACAUCAAUUUACGUAGAAAAAAAUUUGUUAUUUAAUUAUUUAUUAUUUUCCUAAUUACAGGAAUUUUAUUAAAGCUUUUAGGCGAAAUUGUUAAAUUGUUAACUUCUAGGUAAUUAUUAUUACUUAUAAGAUUAUCAUUAUUAUUAUUAUUAUAUUAAAAAAUAAACCACAACUAUGAUUAUAAAUUAUAAUAAUCAAGCUUGGUUUAAAGAAAAUUUUAUUAAAAAAAUUUCUAUUAUUUCUUCACAAAAAAAUAAAUUUUUUUCAACUAUUUUAAAUGAAUUUUUUUUUACAUAAUAAUAAUAAUGAUAGUCAAAUGAUUCGAAUUAAAUGCUAUUUAAAAGUAUAUGUAUUGUUGCAACUAUAAUUGGGCAUGAAUGAAGUAUAAGUCACAAAAGACUAUUUGAAAAAAAAAUCAUGGAAGUAACAAAAAAAAAAAAAAAAAAAAAAAGAAGAAGAAAUGAAAAAUCUAGCUCUAAGUAAAAAAUCCUUUUACGAACAUCAAGUUUAAUACCAAAGGUGCCCUAAAAAACGUGUAAUUAUGUUUUUUAUCAGCAAAUAUCGUGUUUGACGCGAGGAUAGCUGGCUAUUAUAAAAUUGAAUUUGACAGUGUGUACAUGCGUACGUGAGAAUAAGAAUGAUUAAAGUGAAAAAAAAAAAAAAAAAUCACAAUAACGAAUCAACACUUAAAUGGUGUAUAAAUAAUAAAUUCUCUUAGUAAUGAUAAUGAUAAUGAUAAUGGUGAAAGUAUUGACUCGUUAAUUAUAAAUUAUAUGAAUGAAAACAUAUCAAUAGAAAUUAAGAAGAAAUAUUUAUCAAAGAUAUACGAUAAAUAUUGAUAUAAAGAAGAAAAAAAAAAUGAGUAUGGUAAAACAGCGAAACCAAAAAAUAAUAAAACAUUAAUACUUGAUGGAUAAAUAAAACUAGUGUAUAACUUACAACGUCUGUGUAUUUGUAAUAAAGUAGCAAAGGUGUGCCCCGUGUGCUAGAACGGCCAACUCGGCACGUAAUUUGCCCAAGUGCCUUCCCGUUGGUCGAGUCAUGCUAACUGUACUGUAAGUCACGUCCCGUGUAAUCGUCAAACGCCGUCGCUUGAACCGAAUUAUUCCGACCUCAAUUUUUUCUUAUAUUACUAACUCUUUCUUUUUUUUUUUAUUCAUUUUAUUCCGUUGUAAUUUUUUUAUUUCUUCUUGUCUAGUGUAAUAUUUCUGAUAUAUUUACUUCAAAUUUUUAAUAAUUGUUCACUUAUCGAACCUCUUUUUUAAAAUUUAUUUUAAUUAAUAUAACUGGGCAUUUAUGUAUAUUCUAAUUGUACUAGACAUAUCAGUAAUUAAAGUAUUACAAACGGGAGUGAAAAA